AUGGAUAAGGUUUCUCUUAAUCCAGUGAUCAAUGGCGGCAGUGAAUCUGUGGCUAGCCCUGAUGAGAAAAUCAAGAAAAUGGAGCAUUUUGAGGAGGUUCUCGGUAGUGAACAAGCGAAUGGCACACAAGGAGUGGGUUUGGUUUCUAAGGGGGAAGAGGAGGAAGUUGGCAGUGAGUCUGAGAGUGAUGAAGAGUCUUCGAUUUCAAGUGACGAGGAAGGGAUUGUCAUGAAAGGGCCUAUUAAAUCAAAGAAUGAGAUUGAGGAUCUUCCUCCAGUUCCUCCUGUUGAUGUGUGCUUGGAACCACAUCAUCAGACUUUGCCGGUUGGAGUGAUUUCAUCUAUAAUUGGGAGCAGAGUCAUUGUAGAAGGUUCAGAGAAGCACAAUCCUCUUAGUGAGGGUUCUAUCCUCUGGAUUACUGAAACCAGGUCUCCUUUGGGUGUGGUUGAUGAAAUAUUUGGACCUGUUAAAAAUCCUUACUAUAUUGUGAGGUACAAUUCUGAUACAGAAAUCGCUGAUGGAGUGAAGGAAGGCAUGAGUGUCUCAUUUGUUCUGGAGUUUGCAAAUCAUGUUCUCAAUGAUAAGGACAUCUACAAGAAAGGGUAUGAUGCAUCAGGUGAGAAUGACGAGGAGAUGACAGAUGAGGUGGAAUUCUCUGAUGAUGAGAAGGAAGCUGAAUACAGGAGAUCUCUUCGGCAGGCAAAAAGAGCAACUGGACACAGUAUGCAUAGCAAUAGGGAAUGUGGUGUGAAUAAGAAAAGAAAUGAUCGGAAGGUUGCCGGAACUAAGAAAAAUGCGAGAGCUCCUAACCUUCAUGCUCGUGCUGCUACAAACCAAUCAUUGCCUUUUGGUCCUGGAACUCAUGCAUCAUCAGGUACAAGUAGUGAUGGUAAUCCAGCUUUCUCUUCUGGAGGCAGUGCUUUCCCUAUGCCACCAACAAUUCUUCCAGCUGAGCGAACAGGCGCUUGUCUAAAUCAUCCUCUUGAUCAGUCAUUGCAGCAUCCACUGAACUCUGUUUGGGCACAUUCAUUACCUCCUCCUCCUCCUCCGCAGCAGCAGUUAAAUGCUUCUGGGCCAGGAAUGCUAUUACAGCAACAACCAAAUGUCUGGCCAAAUGACAUGCUGCCGCAGCAGCAGCUUGGUGCUUGGGCACUUGGAGUGCUGCUGCAACAGCAGCAGCAACAACAACAACAACAACAACAACAGAAUGCAUUGGCACAGGGAUUCUCACCUCUGCACCAGCUUAUUGGUUUACAAGGAGGACUUGGUGGUGCUUCAUAUCCACAUCCUCAGAACCCGGCCUUGAACGCUUAUUCAAAUGCAAUGGCUUCUCAACGGCCGUUCCUACCUCAGUCUAGCCCCCCGCUUGGUGGACCAUGGAAUGGAGGAGGACUGUUAAAUCUCCCUGUUAAUCCUAUGGUGACAAGGCCCUUUGGUCAGACUGGCUUUGGUCUGGCACAAAUUGGACCUAGCAAUGCUCAAGACCCUAGGGUUUUUGAGGGACAGAAUCCAGCAGCCAUUCGACAAGCAGGGCAACAGCCCCAGCCCUUCUCACCUGGAAGGUCAUCUCCUCAUGGAAGGAGGCCACACGGCAGAGGAGGUCGUCAUUCCUUUGGUAGAGGCAAUCGGGCGCGGGGCAGGUAGGAUAAGAUAUGUAUCUACUAGUUCUGGGUAAAUUUUGUGUAUGUUGGGAACUUGUUCUUUAAAGACUGUUUCAUUA